AUGGCGGAGUCUAAGCCCUCGUGCACGCCAGCGGAGCUGAUGCUCAAGGUGAUUUUGGCAGGAACCUUAAGCCACUAUGAAGUCCGGGGCAUGAUCGACGAGAAACGCCUCGAGCACAUGCUUGCCGCUGGAAAGCAGAUCUUGUACAAGACGCACCAGGAAAGUGAUGUUCGUCACAAUCUCGGUAUGUCGCCAGAUAUCUGGCAAGGUCUGACAAACGUCCUCACAAAAGCGAUCCCGGUCCUCGAGUCGCAGUCCUUCGCAUGGAAAAGCCCCGCAGCGAGCUAUGAGCAUUCGUCCUCCAACCUCAUCGCGUGUAAUUAUUUCUCACUCGUAAAGGAUAUUGAGCGACUCAAUGAUCUGUGUACAAUUGCCCGAAACCUUCUCGCGACAACGAAGAAAGCGCAGAACCUAGCGGCGGAGACCGGCUUCGACCAAAGGAUCCUGGCGCUGAUCGACACUUGUGUCCGCGUCACGGCUCGCGGGUUCGACGGCGAGACCAAUGCGCGGAACGAGGAGCGAUGGCAAAAAGUGGUGAAUCUCUACAAGCGCCUUUUGAUUACGUGCCUGCAAUACCUCCACAACUUCAUCAUGCACAAUGAGCACCGCAAAAUGGUCCUUUGGUUGGAUCUUUUUGGAUACCACUCGACUGCAGACACGAACAUAAUCAAGCCGAAGGAACCUUUGGACGAUGCUAGCUCCCGGGAAGGGGUUGCGCCCAUUGUGCAGGUUGGAGAGCGCGUGAUCAACCCGCCCAUUCGCGCGCUGUACGACCAGACCGCCGAAGACUUACUCUUGGAGACUAUCGCCAAGUUCCCACGGGAGCCCGCCACUAUUAAGGAGGAAGCUGCGAUGCUGCUUUUGGCCAAUAUUAAGGACCACAUGGAGCGCAUUCUGGGACGGGAUCUCAGCGCGAUUCAGGAAAUGGGUAGAGAUCCUGACCAAGUCAAAGAUAUUCGAGCUGCUUUGACCGCGAUACUAGGAGCCAAGGUUGAUGGCUGGUCUGAUCUUCAGGAACGAGCCCGUGAGCUUCCGCCUGCCCUGCACGAAGAUGACAACGACGAAUCGGAGGAGCCGGAGGAGCUCGAGGAGGAAGGCCAUGUGGAUCACAGUGGGCACCGGGAAGAGGAGGAGGAAGAAGAGCCUGAGAUGGCCAAGAAGAAGACGAUUUUGACCAUCGAUCGUAGUCUUACGGCCGGCUUCCCUCGUCUCUGCUGGGCCGAUCUCCCGGAGAUCAACGAGUUUGGUGCGGUAGAAGGACCCGUCACUGAAGAAGACACCAGCAUGCCUCGAUCGUCCCAAUCUGCCGCGGAAACCCUGCAGGAGGCCAAGGACGAGCUCAUGGCCCGGCUGCAGGAACCAUCACAUAUUGAUGGGGAUGAAGAACAUGAAUACGACCAUGGAGAUGCGCACACUGUUGGCGACGAUGAUUCACGCAGCCUAGAGGCCAUGGCCGAUGGCAGUGUCGACGGAGACGGGGAAGAUGACCUGGACGAUGACGGCGAAGGAGACCCUGAUGAUGACGAAGAGGAAGAAGACGAUGAAUACCGUGGCCGUCCAGGCGACCAGCAACGGGGUCUUCUGACCGACAUCCCUCUGGUGCUUGGGCCAGCUGAGAUCGAGGCUUUGCCAAUGAUUGUCCAAGCCGGAAUCGUUGACAGCUUCGGUCUGAAGGGCGGCGAGCGGAAGGGCUCCAGAAACAUGCAAGCACUCCGAUGCCAUAUCCUACUCACACAGGAGACAGGGCGCAAUCUUCUUCGAGAGUUGCUGAUCUUCAUUGCUGCAUGGGAUCUCCCCGAUGACGAGCUCUACUUCAAGAUGAUGGUCCAGAUCAUGGAAGCGGUUCUUAAGAACGGACUGAUGUCUCACGCCUACUCGGACUUUGGCCAGCCCAAGGACAUCAUCUCCCCUGCUCAAGCUGUGGUCAUCAAGAUUCUCACUCACAUCUUCCGAGCCAAAUAUUCCCCUGCGUCGGUCACUGGGUCUGCUCAGCCCAACAUUCCUCGCAGCCCAAGCUCGCUGAAUCGGGUUGACAUCCUCACUGUCCGAUACAUCUUCACCAUCUUCCGUGGCAACAUUAUUCCCGAGACAUGUGCUUUGAUCUACCUUCAGGGUCAAAUCCGUGCCGAGCGAGCCUUGUCAGAAGACUUCCCACUCAACCUGUGGGACAUGGAGCGAGUCUACGAGGGCGUCUAUCAAUUCCUGGAGUUCUUCGCCGUGCUCACCGAAAACAACGAGUGGAAGAACCUGCUCGUGAAAUGGGAGAUUGUCUACGACCUAGUCACCCUGAUCAAGGAAUUGGAAGCAAGCAUCCCCAAGGGCCAACUGAGCCAAUUGUCCUUCGGCUCUGUGCCACCCCCACCUCCACCACGCAGCGAAGCCGCAGACGCAUCCAGCUCAUCCCCUGCACCCGUUGCCGUCGAACGCCCCUACGAUCCCAGCGACCCCGACCCCAUCGACAACGCAGGCGGCAGCGUCGACUCCCGCCCCGAAUCACCACCCAUCACUGAAGACCCCUCCGAGUUCGAGUGGCGCAACCUCAAGAAACUGGUCGUGCUCGUCCUCUCCUCCCUGGUCUGGAAGUGCCCGGAUGUGCAGGAGCAGAUCCGUCGCUACGGUGGUGUCGAGGCAAUUCUUUGCUGCACUGCCUUCGAUGCUCACAACCCCUAUAUCAAGGAACAUGCCGUGAUGUGUCUCAAGUUCUUGCUGGAGGGCAAUCGCGAGAACCAGCGUCUUGUGGAAGAACUCGAGGCUCGCGAGGUCGUGAACAAGGAUGGUGGCGUGUUGGAGCGGGCUGGCUACGAAGCUAUGAUUAAUCAGGCUGGCAAGUUGGCUAUUCGGCCGAAGCCUCGCGCUGAGGAAAUCUCAUGA